AUGGGCAUUUCUCCAGAUGGGUUCGUGUCCUACAGCCAACUUUGCAAGAGCGUGAAGACUCCUCGAGUCAUGGUUCUCCUCUGUGGUCUUGCGACCAUGCUACUGGUCCAAGCCAUCACAGCGAUUGCCAAUCCAGCAACUUCUCCCUCUAUUGCACGCUGCUCCACGCUGAAUUAUGUUUCUCUCAAGCAGUUCAACGCGUCCGUCAUCAACGCAACGUACCACGCAACCAAGUCGUUUAACGUUUCCGCCACGUUCAAUGAUAUCCCCUUCUGUGAACUGCAGGCCCAGAUCUCUUACGGGACCGGGAGUUCCCUCUCGUUCGCCGUAUGGAUGCCGGAUGAGUUUGACUAUCAGCACCGUUUUCUAGCCGUUGGCAAUGGCGGUUUCGCAGGGACCCUAGACACGGUAUCGAUGAUGAAGCAAUUCAACGCCGGUCUGGCGCUCGCAGUGGCUGGGGGAAACGGUGGUCACGAAGCUGGUCCGAACACUGGAACGGGAUAUCUUCCGUUCAUGCAUGAUCCUGACCAGAUUCGCGCAUGGAUUCACAAUGGUAUCAGCAUUUUCACUCAUGCAGCGAAACACAUAGUCGAGGCAUAUUAUGGCACUGCAGCAAAACGAUCGUAUUAUGUGGGAUGCUCUACAGGUGGUGCGCAGGGGUAUGCGUUGGCGCAGUACCAUCCUCACUUGUUUGAUGGCAUUUAUGCUGGAUCUCCCGGAUUCUGGUACAGCCAUCUGAUGCUGUCGUUCUUGUGGAACACGCAAAGGACAAAUGUGAGUGAUGGUUGUUGGUUCUUAGACGCGGUACCUCAAGAAGCUGACAGUGCGCAAAAGACGACGGCGACCAACCUGACUCAAACGCAGCUCAAUCUCACCAACCAAGCAGUUCUGGACGCCUGCGAUGCAUUGGACGGUGUCCAAGACAGGCUGAUCGAGAACCCACUGCAAUGCAGUUUCAGCAUCAAUUCGCUGGCAUGUGGAGGCUCUGCACACCCUGAUCGAUGCCUCACGCCUGAUCAGAUCGAAGCUGCAAAGCUCGUCUAUCUUGGACCGGGACGAGCAGAUAACGAAGUAAGCCUCUACCCAGGCUUCAGCUUCGGCAGCGAGAGCGAAUGGCUACUGCAGGAGGGGUCUCUAGGCAACGAAUACGCCGUGCCAUUAUUACGAAACAUGGUCUUUGAUGAUCUGGAUUGGGACCCGGCGACGUUCGAUUGGUCUUCAGAUGUCGACCUCGUCAAUAGUCGUGCUUCCGUCUUGAUCGAUUCCAUCAGCACGAAUCUAUCAACCUAUCGACGAACAGGCUGCAAGUUCCUGACCUCGCAGGGCUGGGCCGACCCAUACAAUGCCGGAAAACUGCCAGUCUUGCAUAUGGAGAAAAUCGAAUCAUUCUUCGAGGGGGGACGUAAGCGACUUCUAUCGGCUAUUUAUGAGUACCAUUAUCUUGAACCUCUCAUCGAAUGGGUCGAGACUGGCACACCGCCGGGGCAGCUUGUCUCAUCGAAUCCUCCUGAUGGAAGUGAGCGGACAAGAAAACUUUGUCCUUGGCCGGAAACGGCACAUUUAGUUGGCGAGAACCCUGACGAUUGGGAGAACUAUCACUGCGAAUGA